GCGUUUCCACCAAUCAGCGGGCGCCAGGUCAGGAGACAGCGGGGAUGAGACAAGAUGGCGGCGAGAGGCGGCAAGAACGGGAUUCUGGAGAAACGCCCCGUCCCGACGAGCUCGCGCGCAGAAGCGAAUGCAUACUGGAAAAUUGACGACAAGCCAGUAAAAAUUGACAAAUGGGACGGAUCUGCAGUUAAAAACUCCUUGGAUGAUGCGGCCAAAAAGGUCCUACUGGAGAAAUACAAGUAUGUUGAAAACUUCUCCCUCAUCGAUGGCCGCCUCAUCAUCUGCACCAUCUCUUGCCUCUUCGCCAUUGUGGCCUUGGUGUGGGAUUACUUGCACCCGUUCCCCGAGUCAAAACCUGUCCUGGCCUUUUGCGUCAUAUCUUAUUUCCUGAUGAUGGGGGUCCUCACCGUUUAUACCUCAUACAAAGAGAAGAGCAUUUUCCUUGUGGCCCACAGAAAGGAUCCCACUGGGAUGGACCCCGAUGACAUCUGGCACCUCUCAUCCAGCCUCAAACGGUUUGACGACAAGUACACCCUGAAAGUCACCUUCAUCAGUAGCAAGAGCAAGCAGCAGCGGGACGCCGAGUUCACCAAGUCGAUAGCCAAGUUCUUCGAUGACAACGGCACAUUAGUCAUGGACUUGUUUGAACCCGACGUCUCCAAACUCCAUGACAGUUUGGCUGCGGAGAAGAAAAUGAAGUAAAGAGAGAACAGUGGGGGGGGGGCCUGUCUGUCGAGUUAUGCUUAUGAGGGAUAAUGCAGAAGCGGUAUUUGAGAAACAAAAAAAUAAUGUUUACCCUCCCCCCCCUCGGCUUGGGGUUUUGUAAAGCCACACAUUUCGCUAGCAAAGCUGCCAUAGACCGUGGCGUAGGCCCUUUCUGAUAGGCCAAUGACAAGGUUCUGUUCUAAAUACAAUACAUUCAUCACACCGGAUCUCCAGAGGAUUCUGGGGGUCUCAACAUUCCUUCAGUCUCUUUUUGUAGAAGAAUUCCUAGUAAAUAAUAAGCCACGUUUUAUCCACGUGUCUCAUCAGUCCGUAACACCCCCAAACCCACCAAACGAAUUUAAAAAGCUUCAACUGCCCCUUUUUUUAGAUGACAUUUGAAUGCGAUUGGUUACUGUGGGGUGUUUAUAUAAACGGCUUUUGCCACGUGGAUAAAGAACGGCCACUGACUCAAACACACACACCGCUGUCAGAAUAGCCAGGCGGUGCCCCAGGUGCUGCAUACCUGAGCCCACCUUACUCUGCUAAUACCGCCACUCCCACAAUCCUUUGCUCGGGGAAUGGGGGAGAUUUUUUUUAUUUUUUUGGGGCGUUUCCAUCCAAUUUCGCAGGAACUGCUGCUGGUUUCAGAAUGGAUUCUAUAGGGACAUACGUCAAUGUGAGUCCAUGUAUAGUCUCUUCUUCAUUGCAGGAUAAGAGAAGCUGUCGUUUUCAUUUUAGCCAUGUUACAAAGUCAGUUCUUGCCUGUUACAGACUGUGUGACUAUUUUGUCUUUAGUUAUAAUACAGAUUUACUUAUGGAAGAUUUAAUUACCGCCCUCCCCUGUCAUCCUGCAUGCCUCACAGGCAACAAUACAGACCACACUCUGACAUCAGCAUUGAUACAUUUUAUUGUUCUGUGCAAUAACGCAGAAGGUCCACCCUGACCCUUCUCACUCUGAUGACAUCAGCAUGGGUAAA